CAAAUAUACCUACCGUGGUAGAUUCACCCUGUGUGCAAAGAAGGAGCCUCCCGAGACCUUCCUUCAAGCGAACUGUGCAAUGGUAAGGGUUCAUCCGUCAUUGAGCAUGUUGAAUGUCCCUGUCGACUGCUUCAAACCAGCGUCAAAUCCAGUUCCUCGUCCUGGUCCGGCUAUACCCAUCUCUCGCCCAGCUCCAUCAUCAUCAUUUCCACCCUCCAGGAUGGAGCAAGCGACGGCCGAGAGUUCGUGCAAGAGACAUACCGGAGAUUACGUAGGCAGCCAUUCGAGCCUCCUACUAUCGAAAUGUAGACCGGCGGCCAAGAACAUUACAAUGAGAUUUCAUGCUCAGCCUGGUCAUCCUCCUUCUUUCCAGCGAUCUACAGGCGUCAAGAGUUGGCAUCAAGUUUGGAAAUAAUUGUCACACGGGUAGAUUCGUCGUAUAACCAGAAACAAAGGAUGACACAGUUCCAUGCAAUACUCCCCCUCUUCGCAGGUAAUGAGCCUCCUUGAAUGUGCAAUAUUGAAGAGCCGGGAAGAAACAGAUACAACAGUAAUAAAGCGCAGCGGUAGACUAGGCAUAAAAGAUAAUAAUACCGCUGGUUCGAGAGGAUCGUGAGGAAUGUUCGUCGUCUCUAUAAAUCUACCACCGUCUGCCUGCGCUUUUUCUCUCGAGCGCGUUCAAGAGUGCCAAGGCUGCCUACCGCAAUCGACGCUGUCAAGAAAGGGCCUCAGCACGCCGACGAAGCUGUGUCCAGAUCACAUCUUUCCCCCUCGAACUCUUCAAUACCCAUCGGAACCCUCGUACUUGAGGCCCGUGAAGUGUUGGAUCUUACUUUGUCGCCCCGAACUCUCCUCACCGUCCUGAUAUCGCAGCCUGCGCUGGUCCUGAGAAAUCCCCUUGACGUCCACCGACGCGUUAGCAACCAGCCUGCGACCAAAUUUCUGCAAAUCAUCGCGCUGCGACCUUCAGCUCAACAUAUUCUCUGGCUUUGAGUGAUAGACAUAGGAGCAUCUGUGCAAAGAUGAUCGCGUCGUUUGGGUAUUGAUUCAGGAUAUGUCGCGCCCGCCGGGCAACAAAUUCGCUGAGUUUUUCCCAACCGCCCCGAGCGUCAUACAACGAAAAUCUUCAAAGGUGCCAGAGCCCGACAAAACCCAGCACACCGAUCGCGACGACUCUACGAAAGAUGCGCAGACAGAUUUCGCCCCUGUUCAGGCUUCUUUGAUCUCUCCAGGUCAAACAUCACAUUCAGUCGCGAAGCAGGACACCUUAGCCAAACUUGCCAGCAACACUCUUACGCAGGAGGAAGCAGGCCAGUUUCAGGGCGAUCUUCUCAAUGGUGUCGGUUCUGCGAGCUCGUCGAGUACCGCUUCUUCGGUUUUCAGCGCUCCUCUUACCGCCGCCGCAACUAUGUCUGGCACAAACCACAUCCAAUUCACGACCCUCACCCCUCUCACAAACUCAGAUUCUCCUCCAAACGGCAAGUCGAUGAGCCCCAUGAUUGAAAACAACUCACACUUGAGCGCAAAUGGACAUAUUGCUACGUCCUCUCUACAUCCGGGCUCGAUGACACCCCUUCAUACCCCUCCCGCCCACCGGAGGACGGCGCGAGACACGACUCUUCAUUCGAAAGGAACGAAAUGCACCUACGACCCCGAAUUAGAUAGGAAUCUAAGCUCCAAAGACAAGCGAAAAAUGAAAGCGCAGUUUGAAGAGUUUGGGGGAAAAGCCGAUGACAAUUUUCAGCCACCUGAUCCACGUCUGGCAAUACCUAACUACACGAAAGGCGCUAUAGGAAAGGGAAAAUCAAAAUUUCGACCCGCACCAUACAACCUUAGAUCAUGGACGCCCGACAAUGUCACCGCAGUAGCCCCUCCUCCGGCCACCACAGUGGUGGUUACGGGUUUUGAUCCGAUGACGCCUCUCUCCCAAAUCAGCGCUUUGUUCUCGAGUUUCGGAGAGAUUGGCGAUAUGGAUAACAGAACAGACCCAGUGACAGGACGAUUUUUGGGCAUAUGCAGUAUCGAGUAUCAAGACUGCGCUUCGUUCCAAGGUGGAGGGCCGAUAUCCGCUGUCCUUGCCGCAAAAACAGCAUAUUUGGAAGGGAAACGCGGACAGAGAAUAGGCCUGAAGACAGUGCACAUAGCCAUUGAUCGAGAUGGCUCUGUAACGGAGAAGCUGGUCGAGAAAGCGAUCGCCCUGCACCGAAAAGAGAGUGGCUUCACAAACCAGGCGCGGGCCCAGCCCUCGCCGUCUCCUUCGACCCCUACGGUUACCACACCGAUAGCAGGCUUCGCAAAGUCGACUGGACCACCUCCAACUGCUCCAAAAGGCCCGUCAGGAAAGCCUACUCUUCGACCUCAGCCAACUUUCCAUGCGCCUCCCGUGGUACACUCCCCAUUUCCGACUGCCCCCAAGCCGACUCCACCGGUUCUAGCCAAACCCACGGGGGGAGCAUCACUUGUUGAGAACACGCCGAUUGCCGAGACUUUGAAGAUACCCUACAUCUUCAUCGCGCACUGCUACGUGCCCGUCAUGCCCACCACAAUUCCUCACCUGAAGAAGCGAUUAAGAAUGUACGAUUGGCGCGAUGUCCGUUGUGACGAGACGGGAUACUUCGUCACAUUCGAACAAUCACGAAACGGACAGAUGGAAGCGAAGAAAGUCUUCCACGGGUGUCAUAUGCAGCCAUUGUUCACUUAUGUGAUGAACUUGGAGCUACAUCUUAAUGGCAACCCCAAAGCCCUCGGCUCUAGCGAGCAACCUCUACCAACUCCUACAGGGCCAGUUGAUUUUGUGUAUUCCAAGCAAGCAUACCGAUUGCGAAAGGAACAUGAUCUGGACCUCGAAGAAGAGAAGCGGCAGCGAGCUAGGGACUUGGAUCCCUCGCGGGCCGUCGUUCAAUUGGUUAUUCAAGAACUCCGGGAUAAGCUUCUGGAGGAUGUUAAAUCCAGAAUAGCUGCUCCAACUCUGUACGAGUAUCUUGACCCAGAGAGGCACUCAGAGCGGCGGCGAGCUCUUGGUAUAGACGAUCCUGAAGGGCCGAGGAGAUCUAUGCUUACUGAUGAGGGAUCAAGGACACCAGAUUCACGAUCAGGUAUGGGUAUGAUGAAUCGACGGCCGCUGAGCGGGAAGAAUCUCAAUAUCUUGUCCCUUCCCAAGAUUGGUAAGAAGCCAGGCACAGAGCGAGGAAUGGUCGGGUUUCGCGACGAGAGAAGAAAGGUCCCUCAGGCUAGACACAAUGUCCGAUCUUUAUUCCACCAGCUGGCCCAGUUUCACGAUGAUGAGGAUUCAGACGACGAGCAAAGAACCUCCAUUACCAGGGACACUGAGGAUCUGGAGAGCCGCCCUGCCAGUCGCAUGAGCAUGACAUCAAUGUCUGACGAUGAAGAUGAGCUGUUACGCAAGAUAGCCAAACGCCGACUUCACGCACGGGAGGAGUCCGAGAUGGGAGAUAGUGUGGUCAAGGAAGAAGUUGAGAACAAAACAACUGCAGAGGAUCUCAUCAUUUCCAAGCUUGAAAGGAGCAUCUACGAGAUGUCUCCCUCUUCGAGAAAGCGCAAGAGGUUAGUCAAGGAACUUGAAGCUCGAAAGCGUCAAAAGGCCGAUGACGAGCUUUUCGGCGUUGACAGAGCUGAUCUGGAGCGCGGCGAUUCCGACGAUGUCAAGAUGCAGGAUGCAGAGACUCCUGUUGAGGGUACUCCAGAAGUCGAGUCGGACGUACCAAAGCCCGUCGUUAAGAAGCCGAAGCCCAAGAAGAAGACAAAGAAACAGAUUCUCGAAGAACAAGAAGCUCUCCGACAAGCACAAGCUGAAGCUGAAGCGGCCGAAGUUGUGGACAAUGUUCUGGAAUACGCUGAAGAGGAAGAAGCUCUCGCUGAAGCAGCAGAAUGGCGACCUGAAGUUGAAUGGGGGGUGUCUGCGGAGGAGCCAUUACCUACUGUCGACGAUGAUGAAGACAUUCUUCCAGAUCUCCGCGGAUGGCAGGCCAGUCUUUUCGACGCUGAGGACUUGGAACAUCUCGCCUCAGCACUGAAAUCCAAGUUGGCAAUGAACAUUGGAGAUCCUAUGGCUUGGGCAUGGAAGCAAGAGCAAAUCCGAAAUCUGCAACCAGGGAUGCAACCUGGAGCUUUGCGUACGCAGCCACCCAUCGAUGGGUACUAUGUGCCCAACUCAUCAGGUUCCGCGAGAACCGAGCCCAUCAAGAAGAUUCUCGAGUCCGAGAAGUCGAAAUACUUGCCUCAUCGUAUCAAGGUACAAAAAGCACGGGAAAGACGUGAGGCCGAAGCCAAGAAAGACCCUUCUGCUGCUGUCAAAACUGUCGUGGAGUUGCCCAAGGCAUCCUCUCGUGGUAAACGAGCAGACGACAGACGCACCGUCAAAGACUUGGACCGACAGAGAGAACUGCUACAGGCGAUGGGUGAUGAUGCUGAUGUAUUGCGUUUCAAUCAACUCCAAAAACGCAAGAAGCCAGUCAAGUUUGCCAGAUCUGCAAUCCACAACUGGGGUCUAUAUUCCCUGGAGCGGAUUCAAGCCAGCGAAAUGAUCAUCGAAUACGUCGGAGAGAAGAUCAGACAGGAAAUUGCCGAUCUACGCGAAAUCAAAUACACAGAAAGUGGAAUUGGCAGUAGUUACCUCUUCCGUAUUGACGAAGGCACCGUUGUGGACGCCACCAAGAAGGGAGGAAUUGCUCGCUUCAUCAACCACAGCUGUAACCCCAAUUGCACGGCCAAGAUCAUUCGGGUAGGCGGCACCAAGCGAAUUGUCAUUUAUGCUCUCAGGGACAUCGAGAAAGACGAAGAGUUGACUUACGACUACAAAUUCGAGCGCGAAAUCAACAAUGACGAUCGUAUACCCUGUCUAUGUGGCUCGGCGGUUUGCAAGGGUUUCCUCAACUGAUUAACCUUUUGCAAACGUUACGCAUUUUCAAAGAAAUCGGCGUUGGCAGCAUAUCUCUUCAUUUUGCAAGUGUAUGUGACAAUACAGAGGACGUAGGGUGGGCAUCUCGGUUUGGCGUUUCCAAGUCUCUCCUUUGUGCAUGAGCGGCGGGCAAUCUCUGAAAUCCGGGUGGCCGGGGGAGGAGCAAAAAGCACCGUCAUGGGUUCACAGGUGUGAACAUCUUGCAUUAUUGGAUCGAGUGGCAUCAAAGGACGUGGCGACAUUUUCUGCCUCGGAGGGUGAGUUUCUUAUUUUUCCGUCGACCAAGCCUUGUUUCUCUCUCGAGAGGCGCGAGGAAAAGAGGUUUUGGCCGUGGAAAUGGGAGGUUGUUAUCGUACGAUCAGGCGAACGGGUGAAAACGAAAGCCAUGCCCCGAAUGAUUUGCGAGUCUUUUUGUUUAUGUAACUCUCUCUACUUGUAUAAGGGACCUCCAUCUCCUGCGGGCAGUGUGGGCUGGUUUUUGACCUUGCCUGUCUUUGGGAGAGAGGGAAGGUUGUGUGUACAUAGUGUUAAUGUCCUGCCUUGUGCAGGUGGGAUGGAC